UGUUGUGUUUUGUUUCCUCUCUCUCUUACUUAUUCCUCUCCCACACUAUAAAUAUCACCCACUACAAAUCCUUCUUCUUCACUAUUCUUCUCUUUCUUGAGUUGCUAUCUAUUGCUAUUGGAUAUAUAUCGAGAGAGAUGGGAGAUAACAAUGUUAACCUACCUCCAGGUUUCAGAUUUUAUCCUACUGAUGAAGAGCUUGUCGUUCAUUUCCUUCAACGUAAGGCCGCCCUCUUGCCUUGCCACCCUGAUGUCAUCCCUGAUCUCGAUCUCUAUCCCUAUGAUCCCUGGGAACUUAAUGGUAAAGCUUUGGCUGAGGGCAACCAGUGGUACUUCUACAGCAGAAGGACGCAAAACAGGAAUACAAGUAAUGGGUACUGGAAGCCAAUGGGAAUAGAUGAGCCUGUCGUCAAUAGCAGUAGCAAGAAAGUUGGCAUGAAAAAAUAUUUUCUUUUCUACAUUGGAGAAGGUCCGGCUGGUAUCAAAACCAAUUGGAUAAUGCAAGAAUAUCGUCUCUCCGAUUGUGAUUCUAGCAGCAGUAGAUCAUCCAAACGUAGAGCACAUUCCAAAAUAGAUCAUAGCAAAUGGGUUGUCUGUCGGGUUUAUGAAAGAAGUAGUGACGACGACGACGACGGAACAGAACUCUCGUGCCUGGAUGAAGUCUUCCUAUCCUUGGAUGACCUGGAUGAAAUAAGCUUGCCAAAUUAGAUAUGGAGGAAAAUUGAGAUCUUUAGUGAUGAAGCUUUAUCCAAAUGUAGAAUGACGUCAAUGUUACUAGGGAAAUGGAAUUAUUGUAGCAAGCAAGUGUUCUAUAGUACUUGAUAUGGCAUUAUAUGUUUCUGGAUUUUACUUUUACUCCCUGCUUACAUUUCCAAAGAGUGACCUUCUCUGGGAUAGUGGACCAAACGUUCCGCAAGGAGAGCCACAAAUUAUGUUGGAAAAGAUUAGAUGAAUCGAAAUACAAUUUGCUGGAAAAACCUCUAUUUUUA